UAUAUUCUAAGUUUUUGAAUUAGCAUGAUGUUGAAAUCCUUAUGGAAAAGCCUGAUAAGCCUUCAACAUAAGUGUGUGAAGAAGCAAAAGAGUGAAGUUGAUGGAAGUGUGUCAGUGCAUGGUGAAGAAAACUCGGUCGUUUUGCCUGUGCAGUGUUGCAACUGUUGCGUAGAAGAAACCAAACAAUGCAAUUGUGACCAUACUCAUGUAGCAGAAGACGCAAAUGUCCACGCUCAGCGUCAUGCUAACUCCAACAGUUCCUUUACUCAUGCUGUCAUCAACAUGGUGGGGAUGCUCGUAGGUUUGGGGCAACUAUCAACUCCAUAUGCCGUGGUAAGUGGAGGGUGGGUGUCUGCAUUCUUGCUUGUAGGACUAGGUGUGAUGUGUGCUUACAGUUCUCACAUACUUGGAACAUGCCUCAGAAAGAAUCCAAAGUUAAGAAGCUUUGUGGAUAUUGGGAAACAUGCGUUUGGAUCAAAAGGAAGGUUGGUGGCUGCAACAAUCAUCUACAUGGAAAUCUUCAUGUCCCUUGUUUCCUACACCAUCUCAUUACAUGAUAAUUUGAUCACAGUCUUUCUGGGGACAAAUCUCAAGCACCACUUCCCUAAAUUCUCUUCAUCUCAGUUCCUAACAGUGGUGGCAGUUCUCAUUGCCCUCCCUAGUUUGUGGAUCAGAGACCUCUCUUCCAUAUCUUUCCUUUCAACACUUGGCAUUCUCAUGUCUCUCCUCAUUUUUCUCUGUGUAGCUGCCACUGCACUUUUAGGACAUGUCCGAAACAAUCAUGCCAUACCUGUCCUCCAACUCCAUAAUAUUCCAUCAGUAUCUGGCCUUUACGUCUUUGGCUAUGGAGGACACUUUGUUUUCCCCGAAUUAUACACAUCCAUGAAAGACCCUUCAAAAUUUACCAAGGUUUCUAUUGUGAGCUUCGCACUGGUUACAGCAAUUUACACGACACUGGGGUUCAUGGGUGCGAGGAUGUUUGGUAAGGAUGUAAAGUCUCAAAUAACUCUGAGCAUGCCAGCAGAGAGCAUUGUGACAAAGGUUGCUCUGUGGGCAACCGUGGUGGCACCAAUGACCAAAUACGCGCUUGAAUUCAUACCAUUGUCAAUUCAACUAGAACAUGCUCUUCCAAGCACCAUGAGUGGCAGAAACAAGAUGAUUAUUAGGGGUUGCGUGGGUUCAUUUUCACUUUUGGUCAUACUAACCCUUGCUCUGUCGGUUCCAUAUUUUGAACAUGUACUAAGUCUCACUGGUUCCCUUGUCAGUGUUGCCGUUUGUUUGAUUCUGCCAUGUUCUUUCUACUUGAAGACAUGUUGGGGUCAAAUAUCAAACCUUGUCUUGCUCCUUAACCUCUUUCUCAUCACAUUUGGCUUUCUUCUUGCUCUCAUGGGCACCAUUUCCUCCUCAAAGUUGCUACUCAAAAGUUUUCAAUUGCAUCACUCAAGUUAAUUGGAGUGAUUACUAUAUACAUAUAUAUGUACUGAUAGGCCAGUCUAUGGUUGCGAUUUCUUGCUUAAUGAAAAAUAGUUAAUGAUAUCAAUUGUGUUAUAGUUAAAAUUGCAUAAUAGUGGAACUACCUUAUAAAAAGGUAUCCAAACAUAGGUUGACAUAAUUAAUAUAUACAAACUUGUAAAGAUUACGAAAAUUAUGCUGAUAAUAUG